UGCCCCGGCGCCUGCCCGGUCCCGGCGAUGUCCGAAGGCGACGCCAAGCACCCGGGGAGCGGCGGCGGCGGCGGCUCCUCCGACCCGAAGCCUGAGGCGGCGGCGGCGGCGGUGGCAGCUUCGGGCCUGACCUCGCUGUCUCCCCCCAUGGCGGCGGCGGCGGCGGCCCCGGAGGAGGAAGAGGAGGAGGAGGAGGAAGAGGAGAGCGAGGACGAGUCGGAGAUCCUGGAGGAGUCGCCCUGCGGGCGGUGGCAGAAGCGGCGCGAGGAGGUGAACCAGCGCAAUGUUCCUGGGAUUGACAGCGCCUACCUGGCCAUGGAUACGGAAGAAGGGGUGGAAGUGGUUUGGAACGAGGUCCAGUUCUCAGAGCGCAAGAACUUUAAGCUUCAGGAGGAGAAGGUCAAAGCAGUCUUUGACAACCUGAUCCAACUGGAGCACCUGAACAUUGUGAAAUUCCACAAGUACUGGGCGGACGUGAAGGAGAACAAGGCCAGGGUGAUCUUCAUCACGGAGUACAUGUCCUCUGGGAGCCUGAAGCAGUUUCUGAAGAAGACAAAGAAAAACCACAAGACCAUGAAUGAAAAGGCCUGGAAGCGCUGGUGCACCCAGAUCCUUUCUGCUCUCAGUUACCUUCACUCUUGUGAGCCCCCCAUCAUCCAUGGGAACUUGACGUGCGACACCAUCUUCAUCCAGCACAACGGGCUGAUCAAGAUCGGGUCAGUUGCCCCAGACACCAUCAACAACCACGUGAAGACGUGUCGGGAGGAGCAGAAGAACCUGCAUUUCUUUGCUCCAGAGUACGGGGAAGUUGCCCACGUGACCACAGCAGUGGACAUCUACUCUUUUGGGAUGUGUGCGCUGGAGAUGGCGGUGCUGGAGAUCCAGGGGAACGGGGAGUCGUCCUACGUGCCGCAGGAAGCCAUCAACAACGCCAUCCAGUUGCUGGAGGACCCCUUGCAGCGGGAGUUCAUUCAGAAGUGCCUGGAGCCCCAGCCCACCAAGCGCCCCACGGCCCGAGAGCUCCUUUUCCACCAGGCCCUCUUCGAAGUGCCCUCCCUGAAGCUCCUGGCAGCCCAUUGCAUUGUGGGCCAUCAGCACAUGAUCCCCGAGAACGCCCUGGAAGAGAUGACCAAGAACUUGGACAUGAGCGCUGUGCUGGCGGAGAUCAACCACGCGGACCGCGAGGGCGUCCGCAUGAUCUUCUCCCAGUCACCGGCACUGGAGCUAGACAAGUUCCUGGAGGAUGUGAGGAACGGCAUCUACCCUCUCACGGCCUUCGGCCUGCCCCGUCCCCAGCAGCCCCAGAAGGAGGUGGUGACGUCCCCCAUUGCGCCCCCCUCGGUCAAGACGCCGACACCGGAGCCUGCGGAAGUGGAGACGCGCAAAGUGGUGCUGAUGCAGUGCAACAUUGAGUCUGUGGAGGAAGGCGUGAAGCACCACUUGACGCUGCUGCUGAAACUGGAAGACAAAUUGAACCGGCACCUGAGCUGUGACCUGCUGCCCAGUGACAACAUCCAGGAGCUGGCAGCUGAACUGGUCCAGCUGGGCUUCAUCAGCGAGGCUGAUCAGAGCCGGCUCAGCUGUUUACUUGAAGAAGCGUUCAGCAAGUUCUUCUACUCGCGGAACGGGGCCCUGGCGGCUGUCACCGUGUCGUCGUAAUGAUCCCUCGCCCGCCCCGCCCCGCCCCCAGCAGCCAUUGGUGCCCCUGCUGGGGCUCUGUGUAGGAGGGUCCUGCCCAGGCCUGCUGCGGCGGCCGCUGCCGUUGCCAGCUUGGCUAUGCCUCCCGCAUGCGUCGUAGCCGGGCCCUGCAGACAAUCGCUGCCACCGUUUGAGGGAGGGGGCAAGGCGGGGAGGGGGCUGUGUGCCUUGUCAGUAUUAUUUCCCUGUGGCCUCCCCUCCCUGGCUCACCUGCAUGGAGUUUUCUUUUGCUUGAAUUGUACAGUUUUUGCACAACA